AUGCGCGAAAUAGAACGUAGAUCAAUGUGGUAUUAUGUUCAAAUACCAUAUGCACAUUCCAAUUCGAAUUCCUGGAUGGAAAUGUUUAGCCCCGAGGGAGGGACGGGGGGGGAGGGGGGCGGGGGCUGGGGUACUUUUAUAAAGGGAAGCUCCGCUCCAAAGUUCAACCCCAUACCCUUUCAUAUACCAUUUGGCAGAAAAGGUACCCCUUUCGUAUACCUUUUAUUGACAAAUGGUACCCCUUUCACAUACCCAGUUUACGACUUUCCAUCCCUUUUAAACUGCUCCAAACGCACUGUCUUUAA